GAGUCCUGUUGGCUGGGCGUGCUGGAUGGAGGGGAUGAAGUCUGCGGCGAACCCUCGGGAGGAUCGCCCACCUUCCACGUGCGGACCACCUGCCCUUCCUGAAGACGAAAGUCGUGUUCGACGCUGGAGUGGCAUAAAAAUAUUGUUGCAAAACCAUCACCGUUGCAUCGAGCCACUGAUCAAAUCCCCCGGAGGAUUGGAGAAAAUUGAAAUGAAGUGAAACUUGAAGAACAGAACACGCAACGGCAACAACGAGGCGGAAUGAGAGGACGAGGCGACUGAACAAGGAAAAGGCCUCCACGCGUAUAAAUAAUCCCUCGGGAACCCAUCAUCCAGUCAUCGAAGGAAGUUCAGAUUGCUUCCAACUUUUCCGGGGGACGUGAGCGCCAGCAUAGAUUUGUCCCAUCUGUCCGCCGUGGACCCACAGCGGCGUGUUUCAGAUGAAAAUCCCAUCCGAAGCAAGCUAAUAGAUUGUGACGAGCGCACUUCGACAACAGCGGUCAAUAUUUUGUGCCAAGGGAAUCCAAACUCCUGUUCGACUGUUGUGACCCGUGAGGCACUCAUCCAAACGGCCCUGCGAGUACUCGAUCCUUCGAAUGUUGAGCGCCAUGUUCAGGCUUCCACCAGGCGCAAAGCUGCCCCGAGGGAAUCAGUCGUUCCUCGCCGUCUUUUGCAAGCCCUCCUCCAGGAAGGCCCCCCGCUGUCCCAGCAAGACCCAAACAUGUCCGGCCAGCAGACACCAGAGGACAGUCUCUAUGGCUCCUGGGUGGAACUUGAGGAGUUGAUCGCCACCGUGAGCCGCAGUGAGAGUCUGACGGGGCCGGAGGACAGCAUUUCAUCUGCCCUGCAGGGGGAGCUGGAGAGGAUCCUGCUGGAGGCGCAGCUGGAGUGCGAGAGGAACCGAGACAGUCCCCCGCAGGUCGGGACCCCAAAGACGACUGACUCCCCCAGACCUCCUAGUGAUCCAGACAGUGACUGCAUCACCAUACAGGAAGAGAAUGACAGGAGAGUGGACACCGAUUGGGUGUGGGACUGGUCCAGCAGGCCUGAAAACAUGCCACCCAAGGAGUUUGUGUUCCAGCACCCAAAGCAAUCGAGUUCACUCAGCAUUCGUAAGACGGAGGUGAUGAAGAAGAGAGGGAUCUUUUCGUCCGACGUACUCCUCGUCCUCGUCCCCUCGCUGCUGGCCUCGCAUCUCCUCACGCUGGGCAUCGGAAUUUACAUUGGAAAACGUUUGGCCACUUCCACAACUAGCUCGCUGUGACAUUAGCUCCAAGCUAACCUAGCCGCUUCCCCAGUAAGGUCACAACCAUAGUACCUUGCCUGUUUGCGUUUGUGUUUAUUUGUGUGUGUGCGUGUGUGUGCGUGUGCGUGUAUGUGUGUGUAGCCAUGUUGUUAGGGCCCUUAAGGGGGCUUGAUGUUGGGGUGGUGGGUGCGGGGGAGGCUGGCAAAAUGAGUCAUGCUGAGGUCACUUUAGCCUCUAAAGACUAAUCAGUGAGAAGACCAGAUGAUACAAGGGGAAAAAGGAAAAAAGAGAACACACACACACAAAAAAAGAAGACACAAUGUCUGUAUAAUAUAUGCCAGCCCUUCGGACAACCUUGGGGAUGAAAAAACAAAUCUGUCAUUUGUCACAAGUCGUGACAGCUAAAAUCUAUUUUUUUUCUCCUCCCUCUGUCGUGUAUUUAAAGCAGUAUGUAGUUUUUGGGAGUCAAUGUAGGAGCGCUUGUACUUUUUUUGUCCCCUAAUCCAAUUAAAUGUUUAACCUCCCCCAAAGACAAUCAUGAUCCCAUUAAAUAUCACUCUUACAAACCCUUAGAGUGCAUUUUGGCUCUUUCAUUCAGUUCCUGUCAUAAUUGCUACUUGGAGUUGAAAAAUUUUGAAUUGGAAACUUUCCAUGGGAAUUAACACGAAUGAGAAACCUCAUCUCAAAUCAUUUCCUUAUUGAAAUACCAAACAUCUGUUCGCACCCCCCCCUCAACCCCCCAAAAAAGCAUAAAUUGUUUCAAUGUGUAUUUUUUUUUUUUCAAAUAAAAUAGCACUGUGGAGUAUCAUAGUUGAUAAGAUGAUAAAUGCUAACUUUCCGUGAAGUGAGUUGAGUUCACGGUCACAAAACAUUUUUUCUCGUACGUGAGAACAAAAAAAAAUCUGGUAAACCAGAGCAACUUGCAUGUUGAGACACCAAUUCAGGAGGCGAAAAUAUAUUUUGGUAUCUGCCUGAGUAAAACAACGCAAUGUCAUGCACGUACGGUGAACUAGGAGUGCCUCAGGGCAUAUUCUCUGCAUUUCUUAAUUGUUUUUUCAAAUGUUGUGAUUGCCGUCUGCCUUCGUCAUUCCUUCCCUCACUUCAGGCCUCCUCCUUUUUUUUUUUUUUAACAAGCUUCUUCUGUCUCAGACGAGACAAGGAUUGGGCCUUUUAUUGCUUCCCCGUAAACCCCAAGAAACCUUUCCUGGGAGAAUCAAGUGACAUUUCUCAAAGAAAUUAAAAUGAUUCACUUCCAGUAAGACUUUAAGAAGUAAGAUGUGGUGUUGCGAUUACAACAUCACAGUUGGAAUAUUGCAAGAAAAGGUUGGAUUAUUGCUAAACUAACGCAAUCGUUUUUUUUUUUUGUUUUUUUUUUAAGUGGUAGUAUUCCAGGAAUAAUGCUGUCAGAUGACAAUUUAAAAUAUAUACUGUAUAUAAAAUAUUGCCACAAUAUUCUGACAAAGUGUGUUUCCAGGAAUACUACCGUAAUCUUGUGUGAAAAAAAAUAUGGAGGAAAUAAUGUUGUAAUAUUAUGACCAAAAAUGUAGUUUUAAAAACUGGUAUGAAUGUAGAAUAUUAACAUUUUUUAAAAAAUUUAUAAAAAUAAGUCCUUUUUAUUAUGAGAAAAAAAUAACUGCUAUCACAGGAAAAACUCCAUAAUAUUCCGCGAAGACAGUAUUGUAUUACAGGAAUAAGUUCGCCUUAUUUCGACAAACAAAGCAAAUUGUUACAAUCUGCUAAAAGGCCACCAUUAAAACAGCUUGUACUCUCAAGAGACGAGGAUCGGACUCUUUUAUUGCUUCCCGGAAAAGCAGUGAACAUGUCAAAGUGGAGGUCCAGGUGUGUGGGUGUCAACCUUUUGUGGUCAAAGCCCGAACACGUCCGUCGGCCAUUACAGACAUUUCAUGUACGGGGUCUCGGCCUCUGGGUGACCAUGAAACAACAACAACAACAACAACAACAUGGUGAGUGAGCAAGCACCUGGUUUUCAUUCUCCACGCGUUCCCACCAUACAUUCCCAAGCUGACGCGUUUCACUGCAACAGGAAGCACUUUUUCGGGAGGUUUCAGCUAUUGUACGUGCUUCACAGACGCACAUCGGAGUACUUUUGCGGCUUUCAAAUAAACUGGACUCGAAAGGUCACGUUCUGCAAUUUCUGGAUGGAAAAGUUGUUGGCCGUGCAGAGGAGUUUGUUUUGGUCAUUUCGUUGUCGGGCGCAGUUAGAAAUAGGCGUUUGCGCCAUUGUGGGAGUGAACACAGCUGAUUUGAUUCGCGGCCAAUUGAACCACCCAUUUCCGUUAAAUUCAGCGGGGGAGGUGGCACGUGGUCUACAUGAAAGCCAUGCAGGUGAUCGGCGCGGCCAAAGUACAUUUAUUUAUUGGUAUUACAGGACGUCUGUGUGGGGCCCGCCCACCUCCACAAAUCCAGUGGACUCACCAUCAUUUGCCCCGUUACUUUAAAAUGCCUAAAAUUCGAAGUUGUCAACAACUUUUGGCAAAUAGUUGAAGCGCGGCUAGCAGUUCGGUCCAGCUCCAUUCGUGGGCUUCGUUUAGUAAUCGCGAUCACAUUCUUCUCUGUGGGAGCAGGUCCUUUCAUGACGGCGAAAAACAAGCUAGCGCCACGUACAGUUUGUCUUUCAUCAGGAAGGACGAAAGCCACAUAUGCUAAAGUGAGGAUAUCGGAGAUGCCACGCCGGCUUCGUAGGAGCGGGAAGGCGCAGACGUUGCGCCCGCUCAGCAGUUUUUACCUUUACGGACCGAACUGACUCGCCACUUCCUGCCAUGCCGUAAGCUAAUGCCUUUACCAGAGAGACGUAUGGCAAGCUAGCUACUGUACGUGCCGGUGGAUUUCAGCAGUCGUCGGCAGUACGUUUAGUUUCUCGGCAUUCAGUGGGGACUUAAUCCACCGCUUAAUACCACCGCUGUUACCUCACAAUUAUGGUAACGUUCAAUCCUACACAAAAGAAUAACAGUCAUUAGAGAGAGUAACAUCGUCGUGUUAUGAGGAAAAUGUUUGUUAUGAUGUUGAAGUUGUAAUUUUGGUUCGUUCAAGAUCGCAAGCGGUCAUACCGGAUUUUUCUUUUUUAACGGUCGCAAACAGUCUUUUUUGCGACGAGAAAAAUUGUUUGCCAAAAGUCUUAAAACCUCUGAAUUCUUUUUCAAUAAUAUGUUGUCAUAUUUGGAGGCAAGAAAAGUGAAAAUGUUUACAUGAUUUGAAGUUACGUUUUUAGACGAUAAGCCGUGAUGCUGAGCGGGAUGGGUGGAGAAGGCGCC